AUGAAAUGUCCGUUGUGUUCUACGGGUCUCAAGCAGCAUUUGUUGAACCCCAGUUUGUCCAUCAUAGCUUGUCCUUCUGAAUCAUGUGUCUAUCCAUUCAAUAUGUCUAUUAGUGAGCUCCACGACCACAAUCUUAUUCUAUCGGUGUCUACAGCUGAUAUCAUGCACAACGUUCAUAAGAAAAUGAAUGAUAACAAAGAUAUAGAUGAGAAGUUGGCAGAAUUCAUAGCGAGAGACGAUCCUGAAGUCAGCUAG